ACACCAGAUGAGCAGAGGGGAAAGAGGCUGAAGUUACUAUCCCAUACACAUUUCAGCAGGAGCAAUCAGAGAAAACCAGCUUGAAGAAGAUGUGUUAAAGAGUUUAUUCUCUUGGCAGAGCUGCAAGUAACCUGUUUCUGAAGAAUGGCAUUGAGUGACCUCCUUUACCCUGAUAAUCCCAAGAGAAAGCAAGAAUUAAUCCAUCUGCAUCAGGAAUUGCUUGACUCUAUGUCUGCAAAUUUCCAUGCAACAAAUGAGCUGGUUGGAGUGCUGAACAAACAUCUGGGCUGCACCAUUACCCCCAUCAAAAUGAGAGAGAGCAGCACUGUCAAGGAAAACUGUGACAUGAUCAUUCAAGUGAUAAGUGAGAUUCAGCAUCAGGUGCAGAAGAUCGACAGUGACAUGAAGGAAAAGCUCGAGCCAGUUCUGUACCAGAAGCUCUAUGAUGUCAAAGAGCCCGAGUUGGAGAAAAUUGCAAUAGCCCAGAGAGUUUUUUCCAUUAUUUUUGGAGAAGCGACUUCAACAGCUGCAAUGGUAGCUAUCAAACUUCUUGGUUCCAAUUUUUUAACUCUCACUGUCAGCACACUCAUCAGCCUCCUUGCACAGAUUGGGGCGUCUGUUCUUGGGGGAGUCAGCAUUACCAUUAUUGGGCUUGGCCUUGAAAUGAUCCUCCAUGCCAUCCUGGGAGCCGUGGAGAGGAGUCAGCUUCUGACAGCUGUGAGAAGCUAUGAGAAGCACCUGGCUGAGUUUAAAGCAGCCUCAGAAAAGUACCAGUGUGCCAUACAUGAAGUGACAUCUUUGGUGAAACAGCAAGUUCAGUGAAUGAAGCUGGACUUGUUUUCUGCUGCGACAGCAGCUAUGUCAGCAGAAACCUUUUUGAUUCACUAUGACUAAUGAACUACU